AUGAAUGGAUUGCGAGCGUGGACAAGUACGAUCUCGUAUGCUGUUAGAGCGGUAUGCUUUGUUCAUAUAGUGCAUACUCAUAUCUAUGAGUUUACAGAGACUAGAGGUGAAUCGAUGCUACCGACACUAGCGGCGACGAACGACUAUGUACAUGCGAUAAAGAAACACAAGGACGGAAAAGGCUGUCAAAUAGGUGAUUGUAUCGUUGCAGUGAAACCCAGUGAUCCCGACCACCGAGUUUGUAAGAGAAUCACCGGAAUGCCAGGAGAUAUCAUAUUAGUGGACCCCAGUAUGCGAUCUAAUGUCUACGGUACAGAACCAACGGUUCGAUCGAUUGAAGAAUUGGAUGGUUCUGUUGAGGACUAUGAUGAAAAUUUUGAUUCUUUCAUAAAAGUACCCAAAGGACACGUUUGGGUCACUGGUGACAAUUUAUCACAUUCACUUGAUUCCAGAACUUAUAACGCCUUGCCUAUGGGGUUGAUAAGAGGCAAGAUCGUAGCAGCCAACGAUUUCAACGAAAAAUUCUGGGGUGGGUCCAAGGGUAAUUUCUGGGCUUUUCGAAAGAUUGAAAAUACCUACAUCGACGAAGAGUGA